AUGAAGCGAGUUCUAAGCAUUAACCACCACCAAGACCCCGCAAUCGGCAGGGAAAAGAGACUGAAGACGCCUAUCAGCGACCAGAAUUUGCGAGGAAACUAUCUUCAGCAGAAACCGAACGCCGAAUACACAGUUGGAUGGAUCUGCGCUGCGACCACAGACGAUUUCACGCUUGGUCGCAUCGGAAAGCACAACGUUGUUAUUGCUAUCUUACCCACCGGAGAAUAUGGAACAGCAUCGGCAGCGACUGUUGCAGCAGACAUGUCGCAUAAUUUUCCCAACAUCAGGAUCCGUCUGAUGGUUGGCAUCGGAGGCGGGGCACCUAGCGAAAGAAAUGACAUCCGCUUAGGCGACAUUGUGGUCAGCGCUCCUAGUAAUGGCAAGAGUGGUGUUUUUCAGUAUGAUUAUGGAAGAACAAUUCAAGGUCAACCUUUUCAGCAAACGCGAUUCCUCGACCAGUCGCCCAUGAUCCUCAGAACUGCCAUGACUGGUUUGAUGGCACAAUACGAAUGCGAAGGCCAUCAACUUGAAGAGACUAUCAAAAUCGCCCUUGAAAGAAGUCCAAAGUUAUUAGGGAAAUACAGCCGGCCGCAUGAAAGCAGUGACAGGCUCUAUUGUAACACAUUUGUUCAUCCCUCAAACGACGGUUCUGAUUGUGCCAAAUCUUGUGGCGAUGACUCAUUAAUUAUGCGACCGAGAAGAACUCAAGAGAAUAGCAGCUUGGUUAUUCACUACGGAAUGAUUGCUUCUGCGAAUCAGUUAAUGAAGAACGCCAUAUUUCGAGAUAAGAUGUCCUCGGAAUAUCAUGUGCUUUGCUUUGAGAUGGAAGCGGGCGGUCUUAUGAACACCUUUCCAUGCUUGGUCAUUCGAGGUAUAUGUGACUAUUCAGACUCACAUACGAAUAAGAUUUGGGAGGGUUAUGCCGCAAUGGCAGCCGCGGCAUAUGCAAAAGACCUUAUCAACCGACUCCCUCCAUUAGAAUCUGCCGUUCCACAAAACACGAACAACUCGUCCUCAAAUCAACUUCACCCACAAGGGGAAAUGCCAUAUACAAUCACUGUCGAGCAGAUAAAUGCAUUGCUAAAUUCCUUACGGUUUGAUCAAAUUGGGGCCCGUCAAAUGACUAUCAAGAAUGCCCAUGCCAAGACAUGUGAAUGGCUUUUGCAAAAGCCUGAAUAUAUUGAUUGGUUAGACCCGGCCAAGAUUGAAGACCAUCAUGGAUUUUUAUGGAUCAGAGGCAAACCUGGAGCUGGAAAAUCGACACUAAUGAAGUUUGCUCUCAAUAGCGCUAAAAGGUCAAUGAGAGACAAAACCGUCAUUUACUUUUUCUUUAAUGCGCGAGGGGAAGACUUAGAGAUAUCUACUAUUGGAAUGUAUCGAUCAAUUUUAUUACAGCUCCUCGAAAAGAUACCAGCACUUCAACACAAACUGGAAGUACCUAGAAUGGCAGUACGACCUGGAGAGGAAUACAUCUGGACCCCAGAAAUUUUGACGAAUAUGCUGGAUCAAGCUGUCCAGAACCUUGAAAGAUGGCGUGUGGUGUGUUUCAUCGACGCCUUGGACGAAUGCGAUGAAGACCAGAUUCGGGAUAUGGUGGCAUUCUUUCAACGCAUAGGUGAAUCCGCUACAGCAGGAAAUUUUCGCGUUUGCUUUUCAAGCCGCCAUUACCCUCAUAUCUCGAUUGCAAAGGGAUUGCAUCUGACCCUUGAAGGCCAAGAAGGGCAUGGCCAGGAUAUUAUUAGCUACAUCAAUAGCGAACUGAAGAUCGGGAACAGUGAUCUUGCAGAUCAAAUUCGUGCGGAACUUCGAGAAAAAGCCUCAGGAGUCUUUAUGUGGGUUGUUUUGGUUGUUAGGAUCUUAAACAAGGCAAGCGAUAAAGGCCACAUGCAUGAUUUACGGAAAAGAUUACAGGAGAUCCCAGGAGAUCUUCAUGAACUAUUCCGCGACAUGUUAACACGCGAUCACGAAGGCGUCGAUGAAUUGGUCUUAUGUAUUCAGUGGAUACUUUUCGCGAGACACCCUUUGCAGCCAGAAGAACUGUACUUUGCCAUUCUAUCCAACAUUCAAUACGAAUGGAAACCCGAAAUUACCAUCUCCGGCAUUGAAAGAUUCAUAUUGAACUCAUCUAAAGGGCUCGCUGAAGUUACUAAAUCCGACAAGCGAACUGUUCAGUUUAUUCACGAGUCCGUUAAAGACUAUCUCCUGAAAGAAAAUGGAUUAAGAGAUAUUUGGCCUGAAUUCGACACCAAUAUUUGUGGAGAGAGUCACGAACGACUAAAACAAUGUUGUCAGGAAUACAUGGACAACAGGAAGCAUGUGUUCUUCAAAAAAAUAGAUUCUUUUAAGAGGGUGAAUUUUACAAAGGCAAAACAGCAUCGCGAAUUUGUGAACUCAUCAUAUCCAUUCUUAGAAUACGCCAUGAAAGGUGUUCUAUACCAUGCGAACGAGGCGGAGGCAAGUGGUAUUAACCAAGCUGAUUUCCUUCAGGCCAUUGCAUAUAUUCUGGCCGAAAACAAUAUGUCUCAUUUAAUACGGCGCUAUCCAAACAUAAGAUCUUUUCUCAGAGUGGAAAACGAACGCUACGGUGUUCCAAUAUUUGCAGCGCUGGCUGCUAAUAGUAAGGAAUCUGUUAAAGUGUUCCUAAAUGCCUACGUGGAGAUUGAUCCUGAACUUCGGGAUAUCAUCGACGACUAUUACCGCAAUGGAAUUAAGCGGAAUAGCUUUGGCCGCAACUUCAACUUCUUCUCAAAAUCCAAAAUCAAUACAAAAGACAACAACGGAAUGACACCAUUGUCAUAUGCAACUAAGCAUUGUGUUAAAUCAUUAGCACACCUGUUGAUUUGUCAAGGUGCAGAAAUCAACAUAAAAGACAGCAAUGGAAAGACGCCAUUGUCAUAUGCAGCUGAGCAUUGUGAUGAAUCAUUAACAAGCCUGUUGAUUUCUCAAGGUGCAGAAAUUGACGCAAAAGACAACAAUGGAAGGACACCAUUGUCACAUGCGGCUGAGCAUUGUGCUCUAAGUUUAGCCAAGCUAUUAAUCGCUGAAGGUGCGGAAAUUGACGCAAAAGAUAACAACGGAAGGACGCCAUUAUCAUAUGAAACCAUUAUCAUACACACCAUCUUUUCAAGUUAA